CCACAUUGAGCCUCUUUAGUCAACCGCUCGGGUGACGUCCCACUCGGAUUCUGUUCCAGAUCCAUCCGUGAUGCAGAAGAAAACCAAAACAACAACCAGUCGACUAGACGAUGCCAUCCUCAUGGGUGGCGUCCAAAACAAAAGCAAGGAAACCGUGGAAACCGUGGAAACCAACCCUGGCCACGCGAUCGAACGCGGCUCGGGGUCGAAAUCCAGACCGCGCCGCGGUGAGAGUUCAUCGUGGGACAGCCAGUCCAAGAGUAGCCUAUUGAAGGAGUGCAACAGCUACAACACUCACAACACUCUGUCCAUCUCAAUCUUACCGUGCCCUUCCCUGCGGACCGAGCGUGCAGAAGGUCCCGACCAGGUUCCGGCCUCCGCAGCGAGAUGGUUCUCUCAUGGUCGGGGCUCCAAUCGCUUCCCGCCAUCCCGGUGCAGCAAUCACACCUAACCCAACCAACCUUGUAUAGCCUCUGCCCAGGUACGAAUAUCUAUGGCAGGUAGAGAGGUAGAGGCUGGUGUGGUUUGAAAGGGGCCGGACAACUUCCUGGCACAUAAUCAACCCCCAUUACCAGCCGCUCUCACUCCCUAUUAUUCCCUCUCAUUCGUUCUCAGUCUGCACCACGCACGUGGCCCGAUCGUCAGCUAUGGUGAACUUCUCGCUAGGCGUCGAAGCCGUCUCCGCCACCGUCGUGUGACUAGCGGGAUCUUCGUUGGUCUAACGGCUUCCACUUCGGGGCUAAACCAACACCGCUCGGCACUCCUUGACUCUCUCGUACCAAAGGGCCGUGUGUUUAGCCUCAUCCUUUCGCAGACAGGGACUGCUGCACUGUUGGCCGGCAUGUAUUUCGUUCUGCGCGGCGUGUGAUGCCAAAAUAAUGGACUUCCCCCAUCGGACUCUUUGGCUCCCUGCCCUACCUGCAGUAGCCGUGUGUCUCUCCCUCGCCGUCCAAUCACGCAUUGCCAGUCGUAGGGCCGCUCGACCUUGCUAUUGCUGCACAGUUCUCGAAAUAUACUCGUCGUCACCAUUGUCACAAUAGUGAAACGCCUCCUUCUGCAAGCCCCGAGCGUACACCACCACAACACGCCCCAAGAGCGGCAGCACAGAGACGCCAAAGGGCGCCCGAGUCCGUCCUGGACACACCCAGCCUUUGGACCAGCCUCUAAGGAUGAGGGGCGCCCGCCUCCGGUGUUUGUAUCGGCACGGCGUUGAUGAUAAUAAGAUAAGAGUUGUGUCGCAGCUGUCCCCUCCUUCGAGAUGAACUCCUGUCCUGUUUCCCGUCGUUCUAGAGUUGUCGACAGGUCCCCCAAAACCCAACACCCCUGCCUGCCUCUCCCUUGCGCUCUCAGUAGCCAUCAUGCAGAGGUUGUGUGGUAUGCGCCCUGAAGGGCUGACUACCCACUCAAGGUUCAGCCCUCUGCCGUCGACGUGCUUCUUCGACUCGAUCAUCAUUCCCUUGCCGGCAUGGAUCCGCAUCGUCGUCACCUUUGCCUUCUUCCACUUUGUCGUGCCUGUCCUCAUCGUCGAUAAGAUCAAGCGAUAUAACGUGAAGAAGGAAUGGCAAAGGCACGCCCAGCUUUCAUUUUAUUACUUCUCCAUUCUCGUCGUCUUCCUCAUGCAGAUCCUCGAGAUCGCCCGGCUCGCUGAGCUCCGCUUUGCCAUCGGUCUGCUCCCGUUCGUCUUCGCAGGCUGCGGCUUGUGCGCUGUCAUGCAGGCCACACGCGGUGCCAAGGGCCGGGUCCGCAACUGGCAGCCGGCCAACGUGAUUUUCUGGAUCAUGAGCGUCGCCGUCACCAUCAUCAAGAUCCUCACGAUCCAACGGUCUAGCAUGCGCAGCCCAGAGUUCAGGCGGAUGGGCUCCGACUACCCGACGACUCACCAGGUGCAGGACCUGGCGGUUAUCGCUGGUUUCUAUUUUCUCCUCCUUGUCAAUGAGCUCGCGCUCAUGUUCCAGCGGACCUGGGACGAAACGGUUGACGGCGAGCACAUCAAGAAGCUGCGUCUCACCAGGUCCAUCAGCGAUCAAGCCCGCUAUGAUCUCACCCGCGCCAUCGAGGAGGGCUACUACCCGUCUGGCGUUACGUAUCUCACGCUCAGACUCGAGGGCGAGUCGGCCAGUGAAAAGGCUGUCAGCAAGGACGACAUACUUAAGAAGACGGCCAGCAUGGACGCCUCCAUCGCCGGGUCCUCGUCGAGCGAGAAGACGGCCGGCAAGAGGGCCAUGGACGAUGACACAAUCGAGCCCGUGCCAAUGAUCCCGCCCAGCUUUCAGCGCAACAGCGAACGCUGGUCCUCGGCCAUGACGCUCAAAGACGCCGGCGGCGAUGACAACAUGAACGAAAAAGUCGGCGGCAAGGGUACCAAGAAACGCGGCAGUGAGAGGUGGUCGUCGGCGAUGACAAUCAAGGAGCCUAUGCCGCGUGAGGGCCACGACAAGCGCAUCUCGAGCUUCGCCUCUCCCAUGGUCGCCGAUAUCGACGAGAUCACGCCCCUGGAGUCCUCGUCGACUUCAUCAUCCCGCUACGACGACGAGCAUGCCGCCCAGAAGGCUAUACUCCUCGACAGCCCAUUUCCCCUGAAGGAGCUCCCCGAGAGGCGAUCCUUCUUGCUGAAGCCUUCGCGACCCAACACGGAGCGCUGGUCUAACGCCAUGACACUCCGGGGCGACCCAUCGUCUAGCCAGGACCCUUAUCCCAAGGACCACUCUUCUCCCAAGGAACACACUUCCCCCAGCGCACCGCCAGCCCCUGCGACAGCGCCGUCGACGCCCGAGCGUAGGGUCUCAAGCGGCGAGAGAAACAUGAUGAGGCGAUACUCUGACGCGUCGACGAGGUCCAUCAGGCGGUUCUCGGCGCGCAGCGACCUCCGCGAGGCGGCGGCGACGGCUGCGGCGUUUGUGGACAAUGACGAGUCUCUCCCGUCGCCGACGGAAAUGCAUCCGCUGCAGCCGCAGCAGCACAACAACCAAACGCCGUGAGAUGAGCGUCCUCGUACGGAUACGACCGGGGCAACCCAGUACAAUGUCUCUCGACUAGCGUAUAAUGUUCCAGAAGUACCAAAGCCAAACGAUGUCCGAUAGGGGAGGAUUCGGCGUGGGGGCGUUCUGUCAUUUUGUUUCCCAGCCCUGUGCAACGGAAACCUAUGUACUUGCGUCAUUUCACACCCGUGGUCGGUUCAAGACCAGAGUUUUAAUGAGACGGAAAUGUCUCGGGCAAUUUAGUUUACUUUCUUUCCUUUCUCGCAACAUAGAUCGUACGGGACUCAUUCGGAAGGAUGAAAUGAAAUCAAGGGGAGCUGUUCUUGGC